AGAUAAAUGACAGCGAGGGGCACCCAAGCAGCAGCCACCAAACCCUGAAAGGAACCUCAAAAUGGGCUACCUCACUGGAGAGCCUCCUCGAAGAUCCAGAAGGAGUGAAACGAUUUAGGGAAUUUUUAAAGAAGGAAUUUAGUGAAGAAAACGUUUUGUUCUGGUUAGCAUGUGAAGAGUUUAAGAAAACACAGGGGAAAAAACAGAUGCAAGAAAAGGCUAAAGAAAUUUACAUGACUUUCCUGUCCAGUAAAGCUUCCUCCCAAGUCAACGUUGAAGGGCAGUCCCGUCUGAGUGAGACCAUUUUGGAGACACCUCAUCCUCUCAUGUUUCAGAAGCUCCAGGACCAGAUAUUCAAUCUCAUGAAAUAUGACAGCUACAGCCGCUUCUUGAAGUCAGACAUAUUCCUAAACCAUAAGAAGUGUGAGGAGCAAGAGGAGAAUUCACCAGAGGCUCAGAGUGCAGCUAAAAGAGCGUCAAGAAUUUACAACACAUGAUACAACGAAUCCCUUCAGGAGGAGCAAUACAAUGACUAAAUUACACUCAGGAACAGUCUAGGUUUAUAGCAGUUGCAUUUAGGGCUUGAAAAGCUCAGAACCUUUUUAGGAGAUACUUACCUUCUUAAUUGCUUGAACGACUAAUUGUUUUUGCAUGAUAGCUAAUAACAAAG